CUUUACUGUUUUGUUAAGGAGAAAUUUCAAACAGCCGGAGAGAUAUAAAACUCCAAAGACCUGUCACCCAGAUUCAACACUUGCCACCUUGUGGCUAACCAGGAUUCAUCUCAAAGUGAACACACUAAGAAUCCUUACAACCCUACAGACUCUGGUCUUCACAGCCGCGCUUUCACAAGCUGUCACUUCACAGUUUUGUCACCUUGGCAAGGUCCUGAUCUCAUGGAGUCUCCAGUCUCACGUGUAAAACCAUAGUAACAGCUACCCUGAGUUGUUGUAAGGCUAGCAUGAAGACUGCCUGGAACAGUCUCUGGAAUGUUCUAAGUGUUCAGUAAGUACUGACUUUCAUUACUACUGGCAGAGAGGAUUAUCUUACACCUCCCAUCAGCAGCCUGCCGGGGAAGGCUGAGUUCUUAGCCUCCAUCCCAGCUUGCUUUCUAGGAAGUACCCACAAUUCUCCUCAUCUUGUCUUCUGAGGCAGGUCCAUUCCUAAUGCCUUUAAGGAAGAAGAGGUGCACUGCCCUGCUGGAGCUUGAGGAUUUCCAAGGACUUUGCUGAACCUUUUGUUUUGUUUGUUUGUUUUCUGUUUAUUUUGUUCUUGUGCUUCCCGUGACCCCUGGCUACCUACAGUACCUCCUGCUGGGGAGAAUGCUUUUGAGUUCCUGACUGCCCAGCGUCAGAUGUACUUUCAAGAUAUCAUCCUCCUUUGGGGAGGCUGGGAAGGUGGCUGCAGGGUCCCAGAGAGCCGAGGGAAUAGUGGUGCACAUGGCAUUCAGAGAUGUGGCUGUGGAUUUCUCCCAGGAGGAGUGGAGCCUGCUGAGCCCUGCUCAGAGGUCCCUUUACAAAGAGGUGAUGUUGGAGAACUACAGCAACCUGGUCUCUCUGGGAAUUCCAUUUUCAAAACCAAAACUCAUCACCCAGCUAGAGCAAGGGAAAGAGACAUGGCAAGAGGAGAGAACAUGUCCACAGGUGGCCUGCCAAGCACAGGCCAAGCGGGAACUCUGUCCUGGUCCUGUCUGCCCUCCAGAUCUCACCAAUCAGAAACUCCCUGUGCAGCAUGUGCUGAGUGGUCACGCCCCGUGGGUCUUCACACACCUAUGUGCAACAAGUCACGUUGACCCAGGGGACUUCUGUCAUGGGGCCCAGGAGAAGCAGCAGGGAGUCUCUGAUAAGAGCUGCAGAGAGAAAUCAGAAGGUGGAGAGAGAGAGGGUGCCAGGCCUCUCUCUAGAAGGACAAAGAAAAGGAGUUUGGGAGCCCUCUGCAGGCCACCCCAAAGGCAGCCAGUCAGCUCUCGGAAUGGCAUCAGAUGGGUAGGGGUGGAGGCCAGUUCCGCUCAAGCUGGGAGCACUGAAGAACCCGAACGGUUGCUGAAGCGGAUAGAAGUCUUGGGAUUUGGAACGGUCAACUGUGGAGAGUGUGGGCUGGGCUUCCACAAGAUGACGAACCUGCUUAGUCACCAGAGGGUCCAUGCAGGAGAGAAGCCGUAUGUGUGUGGGGUGUGCGAGAAGGGCUUCAGUCUAAAGAAGAGCCUUGCCAGACACCAGAAGGCACACUCUGGGGAGAAACCCGUUGUGUGCAGCGAGUGUGGGCGAGGCUUUAACCGGAAGUCAACACUCAUCAUUCAUGAGAGGACACACUCGGGCGAGAAGCCUUACAUGUGCGGUGAGUGUGGACGAGGCUUUAGCCAGAAGUCAAACCUCAUCAUCCAUCAGAGGACACAUUCAGGGGAGAAGCCGUAUGUGUGCCGGGAGUGUGGCAAGGGCUUCAGCCAGAAAUCGGCUGUUGUGAGACACCAGAGGACACACUUGGAGGAGAAGACCAUUGUGUGCGGUGACUGUGGCCUUGGCUUCAGCGACAGGUCAAACCUCAUCUCCCACCAACGGACGCACUCAGGGGAAAAGCCUUAUGCCUGCAAGGACUGUGGGCGGUGCUUCCGGCAGAGGACCACCCUUGUCAAUCACCAGAGGACGCACUCAAAGGAGAAGCCUUAUGUGUGUGGUGUCUGUGGGCACAGCUUUAGCCAGAAUUCAACUCUCAUUUCUCACAGGAGGACGCACACUGGGGAGAAGCCAUACGUAUGCGGGGUGUGUGGACGAGGCUUUAGUCUGAAGUCGCACCUCAACAGGCACCAGAACAUCCACUCAGGGGAGAAGCCCAUUGUGUGCAAGGAUUGUGGUCGAGGCUUCAGCCAGCGGUCAAAUCUCAUCAGGCACCAGAGGACGCACUCCGGGGAGAAGCCCGUGGUGUGUGAGGAAUGUGGACGAGGCUUCAGCCAGAAGUCCAACCUCGUUGCACACCAGAGGACGCACUCAGGAGAAAAGCCGUACGUGUGCCGAGACUGUGGGCGAGGCUUCAGUCACCAGGCUGGGCUCAUCCGACACAAGAGGAAGCAUUCAAGGGAGAAGCCAUACGCGUGCAGGCAGUGCGGACUGGGUUUUACCAACAAGUCAGCUCUCAUCACACAUAAGCGGGCACACUUCGAAGAGAAGCUUUGUGUGCGCAGAGAGUGUGGUCAAAGCUUUGUCCAGAAGUCACACCUCACCUUACAUCAGCUGGCACACAAGAGGGAGGAGACUUACACAUGCAGGACCUGUGGGCAAGGCUUUAGGCAAAGGUCUCACCUGAGCAGACACAGGAAGAUGAAAUGCGCCCACCACAAACUGUCCCUGCAGCCUGACUCUGAAGCCUAUCUGGGGCAGUCAUCUGACCCCUUCUGUUCCCUUUGAAAAUGAAGGUUUUCAAAGAAAGGAUUCAUUGUCCAAACUCUUACACUUCCAUGAAGUAGGAAAAUGGACUUCCUAAGACCUGUGGACAGUAACUCAGCCUACUUCCUUUCCAGUCUCAUGUUGUGUGGCCUUUUGUCUAGUAAACUUGGCUUCUUUACAAAUUUGCAA